AUCCCACACGCACCCACUGCUCAUCUGUGUCCCUCGCUCUCAGCCGACGGUUAUUCUCACAGUUAGGGUUUAUCCUCAGAGCCAGGUGCUUCUUCUCCAAUGGACCCGACCAAGAAGCGAAAGCUGGAAGAGAACGGCGCCGUCCCCCCCUCCACCGAUGUGGACGCCGCCGUCGCGAAACUCACCCCGGAAGACGUCCGCAAAAUCGUCGACCGCAUCGAGAAGGACAAGCUCCUCGACAUCGUGGCAGCCGCGGCUGCUCGCCACGUUGACGUGCUUGAUGGCGUGCGAGCCCUGGCGGACUCGGACUCGUCGCAGCGCAAGCUCUUCAUUCGCGGCCUUGGUUGGGACACCACCACUGACGGCCUCCGCGCCCUCUUCUCAUCCUACGGCGAGCUGGAGGAGGCCGUGGUCAUCCUCGACAAGCAGACCGGUAAGUCCAAGGGCUACGGCUUCGUCACCUUCAAGCACGUCGACGGCGCUCUCCUCGCCCUCAAGGAGCCUAGCAAGCGGAUCGACGGUCGCGUUACCGUCACGCAGCUCGCUGCGGCUGGGAAUACGGGUGGCAACGCCAACACCAACACCGUCGAUGUGGCGAUGCGCAAGAUCUACGUCUGGGAGGUGCCGCACGACAUGUCGCCGGAUAAACUCUUGUCCCACUUCUCGUCGUACGGGGAGAUCGAAGAGGGGCCACUUGGGUUCGAUAGGUUCACCGGGAAGUCGAAGGGGUUCGCGCUGUUCGUGUACAAGACCGUGGAGGGGGCACAGGCGGCGUUGGGGAAUCCGGUGAAGAUGAUCGACGGGAGGCAGUUGAAUUGUAAGUUGGCGAACGUGGAUGCGAAGAAAGGGAAGCAAGGGGGGCCGCUGGGUCAGCCCGGGACCGAUGGGGUUCAGGGCCCGGUUGGGUCUACUGGGAACGACGGGAUGGGGAUGGGAAUGGGAAUGGGCAUGGCGCAGGGUGGUUCGAUUCCGGUGUCUCAGUACGGCGGGCCAGGCUCGAUGGGCACGUAUGGUGGGUUUCCGGGUGGGCCACCGAUGGGGCAUCAUCCAUUGAACUCGACUUCGUUGGGAGGGCCGGGGUUGUCGUCAGUAAAUAGCCAGGUGCCAUCGUCGUUAGGAGGGACUGCUGGGUUUGGUACUGGGCUGGGUGGGCCUUAUGGUGGGUAUGGUGGCAUUGGUGGGACUGGUGGGGGAUUGGGUGCUGGUGGUGGUGGGUCGGCUUCGUUGUAUAGAUUGCCGCCAAGUUCUGUGGGAAUGCCCUCUGGUGGGUAUCCGGAGAGUGGGCAUUAUAGUUUGUCGUCGGCUUCGUCUGGGUACCAGAGUCAGCACCACCAGCCAGCGGGAACCUCCCCGGUGCCAAGGGUUCCACCUGGCGCUGCGGGCAUGUACCCAAAUGUGCCUCAUUACUUCUGAGUUUGGUUGUGAAGAAGUCUGCUGCUGAAGGUAUUACCACCUGCUUGAUAAAUAGGAUCUGUUGUAUGAUGAUGAUCAACCUCCUAGUGGGGAUUUCGCUGCUCCUUAUAUGAGCUGUUCCGGCUGUAGUAUAUAGUUAAGUUGGUGUCUGAUGAGCUGUUCCGGCUGUAGUAUAUAGUUAAGUUGGUGUCUGCUGUAUUUCUAUGGGAUUUUCUUUUAUUGGCGCAGUUAUGUGUUUGGAAAUGAUUUUGCUUAUGUAAAUUGCCUUUGGUACUCCUCCGUUCAUUUUUCUUUGUCUCAGUUUAGUUUGUUUAUGCAAAAUGGAUUUAUUUUGGUCUUGUGCUUGAAUUGUUGUGGAUCAAUGAGCUCAUUAUUUAUGCCGGUGGUUAAUUCAAUUUCUUUGCACUUGUGUUGGUGAUUGUGCAAAAUGAAGGUGCCUGCUUUUGUGAUCUUUCUAUUGGAUGUUUCAUUCAUUGGUUGUCUAAUGCUGAAGGGUCUAUGGUUGAGACUUGUUAACUGAAUGUUGUGACCUAAUAAAUGCGUUCUAGUAUUGUUGAUUAAGUUCUGUGAUGACAGUUUGGAGUCCUUGAGUUUCUGUUGGUGAUGGUUCAUGGCUAGCAUUGUGCUUCUUUUUUGUUUCUGCUCAAUUUCCAUUGAUAUUUCUACAUGUUGGGUUAAAAUGGGCCUUGUACUGGGUCAGGUCAUCACUCUUCCUCCAAAUUAAUCUGCUUUAGGAUACGUACUUAUUGAGUUGUGGUCACUAUGGUGGAUUGCUUCUAGCUCUGUAACUGGUCCUGUCUGCUCAGUAUAUUUUUUCCUUUGUCUUGAUUUUGCCUGAAUCCUUUCUCUCUCUCAGUGGUGUAAUUAUUUUGAUUUUUGCCCCUUGCCCUCACCUCUUUUUUUUUUUUUUUUCAUCUUGUUUUGACUAUUGUGUGUGGGCCUGGAUCCUUGGGGUCUUGCAUUUAAGAAAUUGUUACCGUUCGGGGGAAGGUCUAAAUAUAUGAACAUGUGGAUUGAAUCAUUGUGAUUUAUGGGGUAAAUGAGUGGGUGGGUAAAUAGGGAAGUUCCGGACCAAAUUUAGUAGCAUUUGUAGUGGUCGUUUAUUUCUCACCAGAUAGUCCUAUAAUACGGGAUCCACGAUUUUGGUGGUUACUCUUUUCUUUUUAAUUAUUAUUAUUUAUUUAUUUAUAUUUUCAGAAAAAUCAAAAAAGAAAAUAUUUCAUUGUUUAUGCGCAUGUGGUUUGGAUGUGAAUUCAAAUUUUCGUUAUCUACCGUGGCAAUUGUAUGAUAUGUGGACCGGAUUGAAACCAAAUUGAAAAAACUAAGCUGACUACGUCUUCGUUUCUUGGUUUUUUUUUUUUCAAUUU